AUGUCGCCCAAGCGCAAAACGCGCAACUUUAAAGGCCUACUUUUAAAAGAGACACCGGCUCCUGAGCCCGUUUAUGAUGAUAGGGCUGCUCCAUUUGCCCGGUUUAUUCGAUCCGAUGACAGUCACAGCAGUCAAGAGAGUCGUAAUGGGCUAGGGGGGCGGUUUGGCCUGAGUGGGCUCGCAACACAGCUGAAUCGACAGCCUGGCGUAUCUCCGCCGCUGUCCAAUGAUGCAAGCACCCCCAUAAGCUCUAGCAUAACAGAGCGGCGGCAUGCGGAUCCGCCUUAUGUACCCUAUGCCAAGCCUCCGGAACGGGAGCACGAUGAUAUUUCCCAACAUAUCAACCGCAUGGAUAUUGGUGCGAAGUCGGAUGUGCACUUGGAUCUCAGCAAUGCAAACUUACGCACCAUUUCUGAACUCGGCGCUGGGAACGGUGGCACUGUGACCAAAGUCGAGCAUAUACCCACGGGCCUCCUCAUGGCGAAGAAGGUGGUCUUUAUUGAUGCACGCCCAGAAAUUCGUAAACAGAUCCUACGUGAACUGCAGAUUUUACACGAGUGCCACUCUGAAUACAUUGUUGGGUUCUAUGGCGCUUGCCUCAGUGAUAUUCAUAUAUACAUGUGCAUGGAGUACAUGGAUGUGGGCUCGUUGGAUGCAAUCUAUACCAAGCACGGGGCCAUUGAAGUGGGAGUGUGCGGGAAAAUUGUGGAGACGGUGGUAAAGGGCCUCUCCUAUCUGUAUGAAUCGUUCCGAAUCAUUCACCGUGAUGUCAAGCCCAGCAAUAUCCUGGUCAAUCGACGAGGACAGAUCAAGCUGUGCGACUUUGGCGUCUCUGGCGAGCUGAUCAACAGCAUUGCCGAUACAUUCGUGGGUACAAGUACGUAUAUGAGUCCCGAACGCAUCCAGGGCGAUCAAUACAGUAUCAAGUCGGAUGUGUGGUCUUUGGGUAUUACUAUCAUUGAGUUGGCCCAUGGCAGCUUUCCAUUUGCGAUUGAUAUGGAGGAUGAUCCUGAUGCGACGACACGUGCAGCGCCCUCCGCGCAGGAUGUGCGCUCUCUCAGCAUUUUGGAACUGCUACAGCACAUUGUAUACGAGCCACCGCCUCAGCUGAAUCCAGAAGGUGGAUUUCCUGCGUCCAUGAUCGAUUUUGUGGGACUUUGUUUACGAAAAGAUCCUGUCACACGUCCCACCCCUAUGGAACUGCGCAUGCACCCCUUUAUCAUAGAGAGUGAGCGUAGUCAUGUGGACUUGGUUGCUUGGCUAUGGAAGUUGGGUUAUCAGUAG